AUGGAGGUUGUACUAUUAGUCAACCUUGUCCCGAACCUUUCCAAUGUACUGAGGUGGCCAGUCAAAGUCUUUGCUGCCCAAGCAGAAACCGUUUGUGAGAUUGAUGUUCAGCUAAGUUUUGCAGAAAACAUAUGCAGCGAGUCCGGUGGUCGUGCAAAAAAUCCUCUUCGCAGUACUCCUUACGAUCCAGGAAUGCGCUUUGAUCAACUUACUGGUGAACAAGCCAAUUAUGCCGUUGGGAUCAGUACUAGGUAUUACUACAACCCAAUCGAUGGACAAUGUCAUCCAUUCACCUACAAUGGCUUCCUUGGCAAUUUCAAUAAUUUCCAAACGCAGUCCGAUUGUCAGAUUUUCUGUGCAAGAUGUAUAACGCCGAAACCCGUAAUUGCGAAAGUUUUCUCUAUACUGGAUGUCAAGGCAACAACAAUAGCCGAACCAAAAUGCCCACAAGGGAGAGCUUACCUUGAUUAUUCCGGGAAAUUUCUACAAUGUGGAGAAGGAAAUGGACGGAGAGCUUACCUUGAUUAUUCCGGAAAGUUCCUCCAUUGUGGAGAAGGAAAUGGACGUUUGUCAUGUCCAGCAAAUUAUGAAUGUCAUUUUGAUGGGCAUGUGCAUGGAUGUUGUCCUAGCAAAGGUUAGUA